AUGGCCUUCAGAGGUCCUGAUCUCCACCUCCCUGCAUCCCUGAUGAGCCAGAGGCUGAAGGCAGAAGAGAUGACACUGGACCUGGAGUUUGAAGUUCUGAGUGUGGGAUUUAAUGAGGAGGGCAGAUAUGCCCUGAGGCUGUCAGCUGAGAAUCCAUUGCAAGCAGGCUCCGGGGCUGGAGUGCAGUUGCAGGUCAAUGAUGGGGAACCCCUGCCAGCCUGCUCUGCUGUCACUGAGGUCAUUGAGCAGCAGAAUCCUGGGCAGAGCCUCACCUUCACCAGGAACAAGUUUAUCUUUACUUUGCCCAAAGGGUUCUGCAAGAAUGACGGGCAGAAUGAUGCACAUCUGCACAUAGAGGCACUGAGGCUGGACGGACCCUCAGGACAGGCAGCCCAGAGGGUGGGUGAGGCUAUGUUCCCCAUCUACCCACGCCCAGAUGAGCCCCGAAUGAAUCUCACAGCACAGGAGCAUGAGGACCUGUAUCGAUACUGUGGCAACCUGGCUCUUCUCCGAGCUAGCGAGGACCCCACAGCCCGCCACUGCGGGGGCCUGACCUACAGUGUAGCCUUCCAUGUACACCGAGCCUCUGGACCCUCUGUCUCAAACUGUCUUGUGGAGCCCAGCCAGCCAGAACUAAUGUCUGAGUGACAAGGCCUUUCUGUGAGCCCAUCCAGCUCCAACAGUGACCAAGAAGGGCUUAGCUGGGCAGGACCCUGGCAGCAUCAGGCUCAGGUUCCUGGAGUUAACCCCCCCUGGGAUACCUACCCAUAUCCUGAUGACAGCUACCUGGCUCCCUAUAAUAAGGAGACUGUUGUGGUCACUCUGCAUGGAGCUACCAACUUGCCUGCCCGCAAGGAUGGCUCUGACCCACAGCCCUGUGUGGUGGUAAAAACCACAUCAGAGGAAGCCACCGGUCAAAGCACCAAAGCAGUGACCUUUGUGACCCCAGAACCCACCAGAUCACCUGUCUGGGGGCACACAGUGAAAGUAGAGAUCCAGGCAGAGGAUGCAGGAAGAGAAGAUGUCAUCAUCAAGGUGAUGGACAACAAUAAGAAAAAGGAGCUGGUGUCCUAUGAAAUCCCCAUUAAAUACCUUCGUGCCUUCCAUCCGUACCACUUUGAGUUUCAAAAGGUCUUUCUUCACGGAGUCAACGAGCCCCUGAUCAACAGUCCCAAACCCAUGGUGGUGAUUGCUCGGGUGGUUCCCAGCUAUGCUGCGUUUAAGGCCAGCCAGGCCAGGCAGGACCCUGCCUUUGUGGGGCUGCCACUCACAAAGAUUUCCUUCCCUAUCUCAUCACCAAUGAACUUUGAUGUGCCUCGGGUCAGCCAGAACGGGUAUCCUCAGCUGUCCAGGCCUGGGGGACCCCCUGAGCAGCCCUUAUGGAACCAGUCCUUCCUCUUCCAAGGCCGAGAUGGAGCCACCAAUUUCUCAGGGGAUGCAGCCCUGGUACUGGAGUAUUAUCCUUCUGCCUCAAUGAAAAGCAGUGAACCAUGGACCCUCAAGAAACCCCUGGGUGUCUCCGUGCUACCACUAAAGUCUCGUCUAUACCAUAAGAUGUUGACAGGAAAAGGCUUGAAGGGACUGUGUGUGGAACGGCUCCCCAUCAUUAGGCCAGAAAACUUCUUGACACCAAACAACACCAAGGCUCUGCCCAUCCUGAACCCCAAGAUCCUAGAUGAGAAUCUGGGUGCCAUUCGUGAGUCCUGGUCCAUGAGCUCCUCAGGCUCCUCUCUGGAAGCAGAGGAACCUCAGACACUGAAUGACACGGUGAUGAACAACUACCAGCGGGCCAUGCAGAAGAUGGCAGAGGACAUCCUGGCAUUGAGGAGGCAAGCCAACAUCCUGGAGGAGGAGAACCGCACACUAAGGAGUCACCUGACCCAGCAGAGCAUAGAAGAGGAGCAGAGCAGAGCUGAAGAGGAGAACCUGGCAGUGUCCAUGAAGCACAGGCUACUACUGAGUGAACUGGAUAUAAAGAAGCUUCGAGACAGGGUGCAACACCUGCAGAAUGAGCUGAUUCGGAAGAAUGAUCGGGAAAAGGAAUUGCUGCUUCUGUAUCAGGCCCUGCAGCCACAGGCUGCUCAGGUGAAACGGUACCAAGACAAGCUGCAGAAGAUGAAGGCCCUGGAGGACACUGUGCGGCACCAAGAGAAGGUGAUUGAGAAGAUGGAGCAGUUAUUGGAAGAAAGGCUCCGUGAGAGGAAGGAGCCAGCACCAUCCAACAGGCUGCUGGAGAAGCCCAUCGUGGGAUGGCCUGCUCCUCAAGCCUCUGGCAUUCAUCUGGAUCCCACAGGGGAGAAUGUGACUAUGGAUCUUUACUCCAUGCUGCUGGCAGAAAACACGAGGCUGCGGGCAGAGUUGGAAAAGAACCGCCAGCAGUCAGCCCCCAUCAUUCUUCAGCAGCAAGCCCUGCCGGUGGAUCCCAGGGAGUUGGGAGCAGGUGGAGACUUGGCAGAGAGGCUACGAGACACAAAUGGCCCAGGCCACUCCAAGUGCACAGAGACCCUGCCAGCACAGGUGGGUCCUGGGGGCUACUCCACUGCCCAGUCUGCUUCAAGUGUCCCUACUGUACACAAACCCAAAGUCAAUAUUUGGAGGUAUGGUGGCUAGAUGACACAGGAUCUCCUUGGUAGUACUUCAGACAAGUUUACUCUCCUGGCCAAGCUAGAACAAGCUCAGAGUCGGAUCUUAUCCCUGGAAAACCAGCUGGAGGACUCAGCUCGCCACUGGGCAAAAGAGAAGCAAAACUUGGCCAUACGGCUUCAGGAGCAACAACACGGCUUUGGACAGCCAUCAAAAUCCAUUAUAAACCAGAGUCAUGCUGGAGUGACCAAGGAUCCCCAACAGUCCUCCAAACUGGAACCCGCACUGACCAGCUCAGACACGAAGCUCUGCAAACCCAAACCCUCAAACUCCUACAUUGAGACCUCUAACCUCCAGAAGACCUGA